GCCGCUCAGCGUUAUGCAACGGCCGCCCUGGAGGCUUCUGCUGACCCGCCGGCUCUUGGGGAUGUCGAUGCUGUUGCUGCUGCCUCAGGGACUGGUGGGUGAGUACGAGGAAGGCAGGCGAGUGACGACGGAGCCUCUAGCUGCCUCUAGCGACCGCUGAGCCUCCCUUUCUCCCCGCCACCUGCCCCUUCCCCUCCCGCCUGCUGGCCUCCCCGCCCUCUCUCCUCGAGCUUAGAGAGGCUUCGCAAAACGCGGCGCGCGAGUGGGCGGGUCUUUCCAGGCGCCUGAGGUAAACGCGGAUGUCCCCCAGCGGCCCGCCAGGUGGCGCCGAGGUGUCCGUCCUCCUCAGCCGCGAGGCGGUUGCAAGCCGCCCGCCGCGUCCCAGGCUGCGGCCUCCGUCGGCAGAGCCAGUUGGGCUGUCCAUCCUCCCAAGGGGACUUUCUCUGCCAGGCGGCCUUUCUUACUCCCGAGGAAGCACGCAUGGGGAAGACCUUGAUGCCUCCCACAGGGGGCUUUUAGGGCGAUUGACACAAUAAUAGUGCCUUAGCGGUGGGGUUGUUCUACUUUAUUCUGUGGUGCUUCACUAACUCAUUAUAUAUAGAUAAUACACACACACACACACACACACACACACACACACACGAGCUAGCUGCAACGCAUAGGUCAGUUAGUUAACUAUUUUUAUUUAUUUACUUACUUACUUGAUGGGGGGGCAGCUGUAGAAUGAAGAACCUAAGGUUAAUAUCAAAUACAUAAAAUCAUAUGGACAAGACAAAACAAACUGUGCAGGGUCUUUAUACCUAGUUGCUUAUCUAGCUAAGCGCUUUGAGAGCACCUGGUGAUCCACCAGAAUUCAGGAUUUCAGGGCUUUCCGGUGGAGGGAAUACCACCAGUAGCAUUCCACCUGCCAGUACAAUUCAGUGGACAAAGGGACAAAGGGGGAAAUCUUUGCUGGCAGAGUGACACAAGUGGCACACUGUCAGCAAAAAGAGCCACCAGAAAUGUCUUCACUCAAUCUACACACACACCAACUUGGCAUAGGGUGAUUGUGGAUUGCAGCCCAUAAAUUGCAAAGCCUAUAAAUUCUACACGGGAUAUUUGGCAACAUGAGAAAUAAAGCUACCCCAACAAAAAAAUGAGAUCCAUGUUUCCAUUACAUCACAUCUAAAAUAAGACUUUCUAUAGAAUAUAGAAUUCUAUGAUUCUAUUCUUGACAUGGCACAGAUACCAAAGUGCAUCUGGCUGCAGCCUUUGUUAUUUGUGUAAGUGAAUCAGAUAAUCUCAGAUUAAUGGUGUGUGAGCCUUUCCUGGUCAUCUCUGUAAAAAAGAGUGCUUUUUUCUGGUGGUACACAAUGGUACGUAGUAUCACCACCUUUGGGGUGGGGGUGGGGAGACAGGAGGUCUCUCAGACCCCCGUCAGAGUAUCACACCUCAUUCACUAAUCUGGGUAAAUGCAAGGCGCGAGCCCAUGUGCUGGCAGAAUGUUGGAUUCAUUCCUGGCUAAUUUAUGGGUUCAUUAUUUUAUGAUAGUGUAUGUAUGUGCUUCAUGCCUACCUGUUAUUGCAUUUUACUAUUAGGAGGGCCCAAGAUAUGUAUGUAUGUAUUUUACUGCUUGUCAACUGCUACAGAGGUUUUAGCUUGAGAAGUGUUAUAGAGAGUAAAGAGACAUGUUCUUUAUUUUCUGUGGAAAAACUCCAGUUGAAAAGAGUUAGCUGAAGGAUUUUUUUAAAGGGAUCAGAUUAAGAUGGUUUUGUCCUAGACCUGCGGCAGAUGUAAAAAAAAAAUCUGUGUCAAAGGUGGAUUGACGACUCAUUGGGAAGGAUGAGGAUCCUGGGUUCCUCCAUUACACUGACAAGCUGCCAAAGAGAUCUGAAACUGUGCUAGACUGAGAGCUGGUAAUUAAUUUCUUCUCACUGGAGAAAACCUCCCCACCCCACCUCAGAAAAACUAGUUGCUAAGGACGGCACAAACCAACAAGGCUUAGGACCACCACCACGAACCUUGCAGAGCUUGUCAUAGGCUGGGAGGCCUGGGAUGUUUGUGACAUGACAGUGUAAGUGUGGCAGGCCCCUGGCAGGGCCUUCCAGCCUGCUUAGCCCCCGAGGCCUGGGGCAAGUGUGCCCAGUUGUCCUCCUUCCUUGCAUGGGCCUGGCUUAGGAAACUGUGAUAGAUCUACCACCCAUAAGGAUUGCUCUGCUCAUUUCCUUCAAAAGGCAUUCCAGUAGGAACAUUUUAUUUGAAAUUAACAAGAACUGUGUAAGAACAUCAUCAGAGCUAGUUUCACUGGAGCUUGCAGAAGAGAAGAUUAAGGAUAUUGAGUCCUCAGUGUGAAAGGUGUCUGCUAAUACACACUGUUUAAUGAACUCAACUUAAAACACUUUCACUGCAUUGUCAGUGUUUUUCUUUCAUUAUUGUUUGUUAUAAUUAUCCCAUAUUUAGUUUUUUAGAACAAAUAUAGUGAAACUGUAAACAGGAUUUUUACUUCCCAAGGCUUAUGUGUCAUAUUAAUCUUUGUCUUUUUAUAUGAACCCAGAGACCUGUGAUGUUGACGAUUUACCAAUAUUUCCCUUUUCUGAGGUCGGUAUGUAUAUAUAUGACCACUUCGCAGUAUAUGGAUGCAAAGAAGGUGCUGUAAGAGUGCAUGAUAAAACUAACACAACUACAUGUAUUAACGGUUCCUGGACACCGUUGUCAGACCCCUGUCAUGGUAUGUGUUGCUCUAAACGUGUUCGUUUAUUUUGGUGAUUUCUAAAAAGUUACUCUAAUGCUUUAAACAUAAGAAAUAUAAAGCUGCUCUUAAUUUGUGGUUGUGAUCGUACCCACACUUACUUAGAAAUAAACUCUAAUGAAAUAAGAAGUAGAUUGCUGGAAGAAAUAUCAACAACCUCAGAUAUGCAGAUGUCACAACCUUGAUGGCAGAAAGUGAGGAGGAAUUAAAGAACCCUUUGAGGGUGAAAGAGGAGAGCGCAAAAUAAGGUCUGAAGCUCAACAUCAAAAAAACUAAGAUCAUGGCCACUGGUCCCAUCACCUCCUGGCAAACAGAAGGGGAAGAAAUGGAGGCAGUGAGAGAUUUUACUUUCUUGGGUUCCAUGAUCUCUGCAGAUGGUGACAGCAGUCACAAAAUUAAUAGACGCCUGCUUCUUGGGAGAAAAGAAAUGACAAACCUAGAUAGCAUCUUAAAAAGCAGAGACAUCACCUUGCCAACAAAGGUCCGUACAGUUAAAGCUAUGGUUUUCCCAGUAGUGAUGUAUGGAAGUGAGAGCUGGACCAUAAAGAAGGCUGAUUGCCGAAGAAUUGAUACUUUUGAAUUAUGGUGCUCUUGAGAGUCCCAUGGACUGCAAGAAGAUCAAACCUAUCCAUUCUUAAGGAAAUCAGCCCUGAGUGCUCACUGGAAGGACAGAUCCUGAAGCUGAGGCUCCAAUACUUUGGCCACCUCAUGAGAAGAGAAGACUCCCUGGAAAAGACCCUGAUGUUGGGAAAGAUUGAGGGCACAAGGAGAAGGGGACGACAGAGGACGAGAUGGUUGGACAGUGUUCUUGAAGCUACCAACAUGAGUCUGACCAAACUGCGGGAGGCAGUGGAAGACAGGAGUGCCUGGCAUGCUCUGGUUCAUGGGGUCAUGAAGAGUCGGACACAACUAAACAACAACAACAAAGACAGCAGGUGACAGAAAUGGUGGCCAACUCAUGCCUGGGGCCUGCAGGACCCCUUUUUUGUGGGGAAUAUUUGUACUCAAGAUGGCUUUGUUUGUCAUAAGUAAUAAACCUUAAGGUUUUCUUGUGCUCUCAACAUGCACUCCAGACUAUUUCUCUCUGCACAUCAGUGCAGCGUAUUUACCAGACUCCCAACAGUUCUAUCCAAGUUUUGCCUAUUUGCUAAAUUGUUCAAUAUUUUUCUAGGAAUUUCUUGUGUAGUUCCUCCAAGUAGUCUUGAUGGCUCUCACAAUGGGACUGGGACUUAUCCUUAAGAAAUAGUGAUAAAAUACCAUUGCAAUGAGACAUUAUUGGUCAUUGCAGCACCUUCCAUUUCUUGUGAUAUUGUUGCUAAUAACAGUAAAGCACAGUGGAGAGGGGAAUUCCCUCUACCCACAUGUGGAGGUUGAUUUUCUUUUCAUAACAAUUAUAUCUGCAGUGAUGCUAUUAAAAAAGCCUACUGACUUGCUAGGAAGCUGUGUGCUGCUAUGUCCAGAUCAGUGAUAGGAUUUUAUAAAUACAUGUGUAUGUUUCCUGCUUCCCUGAGUGCUCCAGUGUUUUGCCAAGUUUGUCUUCCUUUUGAAGGAGAAAUCACUGGAGACAGAUGUAUAUUUGAAAAUAAGCCAAACAUUAAAAGAACAAAUAGAAUAAUGCUGGAGGAAAACAGAAUAUGCACUUAUAGCAGGCCACUGGAAUUGCUGCCCCUGCCAUCCUAUCUCUUAUCACUCCUGAUUCAUAAAGAUGCUAGCUAGCUAGUUGUCAAUGACAAUUACAUAAGCAGAAUUAUUUGACUCUUCAUGUUUUCCUAUUAACUGUUUGAUUGCUAGGAAUCUGAUUUCCCAAUAGUGCAAAAGCUAAUUUACAGAAAGAUAAUGUUGAACCCUCACAGGAGAUGGAUUUAUUUUAUCAACCAAUAAUCUUGCACAACCAUUACAAAAGUAUUCCUCAAACAGGAAAGCACUCGUCUGAAAAGCUGUUCCUCUUCAGAAAUGUGCUUCAUGCAGUAAACAAUGUAUUCAGGGGGCAAAGACAAGCUGCUGGUGGGCCUGGGGAAAUGGUGUGGGGUUAAACCUCUACUCUCUCAUCCACAUUGCAAUCCUAAUCUGAAUUGAAGCUUAGUGAGACUGCUUUUCCUGCAGAAAGUGGCCGGUUCUAAGACCACUUAAAAGAAAAGUAUGCUUGUCAUAACAUGCAUUUGACCCUUAGUGGCUGUUCCUUUAGGUGAUUAUACUAAAGUUGCACAAUUAUAAAUGGUGAACAAAUUAUAGCAACCCAAUACAUAAAGUGAGUCUAAACAUUUCUUUCUUAAUGAUAAUAUAUAUUACUCCAGCUAUUGGGUUAGCCAAUGGUAAACAUAGCCCUUGGACCAAAAAGGGGUUGGCCACUCCUGAUCUAGAUUAAUGAUUUAGGAGAGAAUAAUUUUUAAUAAGUUUCAUCAGAAAAUACCCCAUUCUCAAGAGAGCAGAAAUGUAAAUAUUCUAGUUUUUAAGGAGUACUGCUUUUUAAUUUUACUUUUCACUUUCAGUUAUGUGUGCCAAUCCAGUAGUUCCAGAUGGAAUAAAAUUAAGUGGAUUUAGAGAUUCCUAUACCUAUGGCAGCAGUAUUACAUUUGAAUGUAAAAUUGGAUACUUCUUAAUCGGCAGUUAUUUUAUUCGCUGUGAGGAGAACGGUUCUUGGGUCCCUGAAGUGCCAUCCUGCAAAAAGAGUAAGGCUUUGAAAAAAGCACUGGAUUAGAAUAUAAUUUUGUUAUUCCACAAUAAAAAGCCAUUUAAACAUAGGGAACUGGCAUGUUUAAAAAGGAGUAAAGAAUGUUGGCCACCAAGGUGUAUUUUUGUGUUAUAUCUCACAAAGUUCAGAGAACCAAUUGAGCUUUAAUGCUUAAACAUUAGUAUAAUAAUGGUUCACUAAUGCAGAAGAAGGGGCAGCCCAAAUUUGAAAAUACAUUUGUUAGUUUUGCAUGUGUCUACUCCAGUGGGGAGGACAGAAAGUAAAAUCAUAGUAGGAAGUACCGUAGUGUCUGGAGUUCACCAGUGCUAGGAGGAGACAAUUAAGGAAUCCAAGGCAGAACGUAAUCAAAAGGUGGAAUGCAUAAAGGCUGCUGUAUGGAGCUGCAAGUUCAGCUCAGCUAAGUUACAAGCAGCAAAGGCAAGGUUGGGGCUGUGUGUGCGCAAUCGUAGAACUGCUAGAGUGGCAGCGAAAGCCGCGGCUCUGAGUUUGCUGCUGCCCUAGGGCUAGCCAGGUAAGCAAGAAUGAUGCUGGUGUUCAGCAUCCGCCCCAUCACAUGAACCGUUGCUAGACUUAUAAAAGUCAGAUGGCCAAUAACCUGUUAUACUCGGCCCACCAUCCGUUUGUUGAUACUAUACCAAACUUCAAGCAGUGUGAUCAACAGAGUCUGCACAGCUCUAGCAGAGUCAUUGAGCAGAAUGUCAGGUUCUUCCUGCUUUCCAGUAGUCAGCCUUUUCUGGAGUUCCCAGUUCAGAAAACUCUUUGCUCAGACAGUUCAGUUCAAAUUAUAUAAACUGUUCAAUGUCUCAUGACACAAGACAAAAAAUAAACACACUAGCUACAUAAAAUCUAAGAGAUGCAGCUGCAUCAUGAACUAAUCUACUAUAAUUCAGUUCUUGUGGUUUUAAAAAUAAAUCUUGUAAAGACCCAAGUUUAUAGAGAUCCACUAGCACUUUACCAUGCUAGCUCACCAUGCUAUGUUAUCGCCAUAUAGCAUGUUACCUCCAGCUUGACUGCCGAUAACUUGGAAGUACCUCACAUUCAGCCAGUGCUGGUGAUUCCAACCUUGGCUUUAUACCCACCACAGCAUGUAUACACAUUCCUUAGAGAAAGGGAGGGUGGAUGAUUCCCUACUCCUGGCCUAGGACCUACACCUUGCCAAAUGGUCUAGGACCUACACCUUCCCAAGUGCAAUAUUUUAAAGAAGUCCAUUGAAAUCUAGCUUACACAGAGAUUUUGUAGCUUCACUCAUCACAUAGAUGUUAGUCAUUUGUUUCUGAAAGGGUAACUCUUAUCCCGUUUGCCUAAUAGCAUUUGUUUUACAAGCAUGCCCAAUGUGUGACUGCACAGAAAACAUUUCAAGAACAAAAGUUUAAGAAUAAUUUAACUUUUCUCCUGUUGUGUUCAAAAGAAUAGGGUUUGCAUGACUUGCCAUGACGUAAUUGGUGUUAAACUGUUUUGUGCCUUCUUACAGAGCUCAAAAACAGGGCCGUCUUAAGCAUAUACAGUGCCGGGGUGCAAAGAUCCGCCUGGUGCUCCUAGGUUGCCCAGAGUUGUCAACCUUUUUUAAGGGGGGGACCCCAAAGUUGUUUAGGAAAUAGUUGUUUACCUUUAGAACAGUUGUGGGAUGCAGGGACUCAAAGCGCCAACCAACGGGGGUGCCAGCGCCCCACGCACAGGGGUGUACAAAGGGGGUGGGGGUUCCAUGCUGGGGACGAUGACAAAAUGUUGGGUGGCACAGUCACUGGGCUGUCCGCCCGCUGCCUCCACACACCCCUGCUGCAUGGCGGCUGUUUUGGCUGCGCAUGCAGCACCUGGAGCGCCAUGAAACGUUGUGGGCGCUGCGUGGCGCAUCCUGUUGCAUGCGCCAAGCUGCGAGUUCCUUUGCUGGCUUUUCCGCUGUCGGCGCAUGUUCCCAGUGCCUCCCAAUAUGGGGUGCCAGUGCAGAAUGACGGGGAAUGCAAGCGGCAGCAGAGGAAACAUCACCGGACAGGAUCCGCAUGCUCCUAUUCGUCAGGAUUUGUUGUUGCCGUCGGCGCGUGGCAGAUCCCGUCUGGAGAUAACGUUUGCAUUCCCCAUUGUUCUGCACUGGCACCCCACGUUGGGUGGUGCUGGGAGUGUGCGCCAACAGUGGAAAAGCCAGCAAAGGAACCCGCAGCUUGGCACAUGCAACAGGAUGCACUGCGCCACGCCCACGUUACAUGGCGCUCCGGGCGCGGCACUGAAACAGCGGCCAUGCAGCUGGGGGAAGAGUUGACAGCUGAGCGGAGCAGAACCUGUCGGAGCCCUGCAGGCUCUUCUGCUGCGGGCUGCUCAGUGCAAGUUCGGGGGCAAGCGUUGGAGUCCGGCUGUUGGCGGCUCUUCCUCGGACUCCAAUACUCGGCCCCAGGCUCUUGGUCUGGCACCCCUGAGAGCCUGGCACCCGGGUGCCAUGCACCCCUAGCGCCAAUGGUUAGGACGGCCUGCUCAAAAAUCCAGGUACCUGACACAAUGGCGGCAUCUUGAAUCUUGUGACAGAUUGUAUACUAUUAGUCUUGCAUUUAUAUCUUCCAGUUUUAUUUUUCUUGUUAUAGUUUAUCCGGAAAAUUGUGGUGCUCCAGUAAUGCCCAAAGGGAGUGUGUAUCCAUUGCAAUCUGAAUACACAAUUGGAGAUACCAUCACAGUUUACUGCCAUCCAAACCAUUCUUUUUUUGAUGAAACCACAAAGAUGACUGUAAAAUGCAAAGGCUACAAUCAGUGGGAUCCUUCUAUACAACCAUGUUUCUGUAUGUAUAUAAAUCCAUAUAUAAAUGUUCCUUUUAACGCCAUACUCAAGACAGGUAUUUCCCAUUAUCUACAGGUAAAUCACAGAUGGGCAGACACACCCACACCAUUAUAUGUGGUUUUGACAUCUUCUGAAGCUGCUUCAUUCUUCUAGCAGUUUUUUGUUUACUUUUUUGUUCAUUAUUACAUUUAUAUUCCACCUUUCUUCCAUAGAGUUCAGGGUGGUGUACAUAGGUCUAUGUCUCCCAAUUUUAUCUGUACAUCAACAGUGGAAUGCUGUUUGGGCCAAGAGACAGUAAAUGGCCCAAGGUCACCUAGGUAGCUUCAUGGCUUACUGUGGAUUUGAACCUGGUCCUUGUCUAAUCCCCCCCGCCCCCCACAAAGGUAUCUUAAGUACAAUUUGACAGACUUCUGUCAUGUGUAUUUACAUGAAUGCUUUCACUUGCUUUCCAGAACAUUGGCUGCAUUGGUCUAUUGGACUAAAAAUGAUAUAUUUUAAUCCCAAUGACAGUUGAUAUUUUUAUUUUAGUGGUAUGCUAGCUGCUGUGUGCACCUCAUAAUAUCCUGUCCCUGAUUAGAGAUUCAGUUCUGGGUCCCUUUGCAUGAAAGUUAGUACUGAAUGUGGCUUACAUGAAUGUGGCUGGCCAUGGGAUUGCCCAGCUGCCAUAUAUGAGCUUUCUUCUUGCCAAUACCUAGAAUUUUAGUCUUUGCAGUAAUAAUAGGUGCUGUUUCAUACAAAACUUAGUUGCUCAGUAACUUCCAUAUUCCAGUUAAUGUGGUGGAGAUAACUGCAAUAGCAUCAGCAUGCAGAAGGCCUGAAAUUGAAGUAUUCCAAACCACUCAGUUCUUGUACAAUGUUUUUAAUAUGAAAACAAAUCAUUAGUGAAAAAAUCCAUUGGAGUGAUAGAGCAAAAGCUGCAACUUUGGAAUCCUUUCAUUUUGCACAAUGCAAGAAUGGGAUGGGGUUAGAACCAUGACAAAUAGGCCAGGGCUGCAGAGUUGACCAGUGGAAGAAGUAAAAGAGAAGGUACAAUACUGUGGCUGUGAACUGGAUUGCACCCUCUCUUAACCUUUUCCAGGGAUCUACAAACUAGCUAUCAAUAUCUAAUAGGAUGCAUCACACCAAGCUUUGCAAACAUGACCUAAAAAUCUUCCUUUUAGCCCCAUCCCAGGAGAAAGAAGUAACAAUGCCACCUGGAUGAUGAAAGAAUGUUCACUUAGAACAGAGAGACAGAGCUGGGUGUCAUCUGCUUAUUGUUGACACUUCACUCCAGAUCUCCUAAUGGCAGCUCCCAGACACUUCUGACAGAUGUAAAAUAGCACAAUAUUAUACAUAAUAUCAGGAAGUUUUCUUAACUUUUUUGUAUAGAACAUUCUGCAUUUUGCAAAAUCAAGUUGCACAAGUAUGAAUUUUUUUCCUAUUUUGUGUGCAGUUUAGUACUUCUUUAUAUUAUUUUUAAUAGUUUUUUUGUGUUUUCAGCUAGAACAUCACCAGACACUACUGAACUCUAUAUCCGUAAUGGAAGAAUAAUCUAUGGGGAGAAAGAAUACUACAACAUUGGAGAUGAGGUUACUAUUCAAUGUGAUAUUGGCUAUAUUUUGAUCGGAUCACCUAAGAUUAAUUACAUCGGUGGGAAGGAAUGGUUGCCUGAUAUUCCAACUUGUGCUCUGAGUAAGCAUUAUAUUUCUGAAAAUACUGUUAUAAAUGCUAAAUCUCUGACCGGUGAGAGAUUUGGGGGUGCAAAUGCAUACCUCUAAGAUGGUGGUACCUGCAAAAACAUAUAUGGUUUUAUUUACACAUGCAUACAUACUUGUCAUCGGUUAACUGGAAUUGUGUUAACAUUCUGGUCUCUGCCCAUGGGUACAGCAUCCAUCUCAUCUCCAAGCUUGGACAUAUCAGGGUGCUUCUCAAGAAGGAUACCGGCCCCCGUCUUGCAGCUUUUGAGCAGGAUACAGGAGACAACAAUGAUAUCCAUAUCUAGCAAGGUAUAGAGGGACCUCCACCUUAACUUUAAAUGGCCAAAGCCUUUUCACAGGCAGCCAAGCUGAACUGUGGUAGUAGCUGAAGGUACAGUCCAUGCCUAUCCAUGUAGACCUGUAGGAAGACAUCAGCUACGGUUUGAAGGUGAAUGCCAGAAUGGUGAAGUUGAGGGGGCACAUGGAAAAAUCACUGACAAGCACCACUAGGCCAGGGAAGACUGGGCCAGCCUCUGGCUUGUCAGCAAGGAUGGGACAUCCAGAAGAUAGCUAUACCAUGUUUCCUCCCAAUAACACAGACAUUGACAUCCAUAAAGUAGCAGUUGGUGUUCACAACCUCUUGAAGAACUAUGCUGUAGAAGUACUUUUGGUUGUAGAACUCUGGACUGCAACCCUCUACAGCAAAAUGUGGAUACGGAAUGAAUCCUGGGCACCACUAGCCCAUGGGAAGUCAAGCUUCUAGAAGUCUUUGAGAAUUUUUAUUCUGACUCUUACUUUUAUAACAUCUUUCAGGUAAUAUUUGUUUAGUACCUAGUCAGUUUCUCUGAAGAUCUUGCAAGCUGAAUAUACCCACCCCAAAGGUGAUAUUCAGGGGCAAACAACCUUCUCUGAAGGCUAUAUUGUAAAUUGUCAGCACUAGGCACUUCUGAAUAGGCACUGCUCUUUGCAUCCCAUUUCCUGGUGCUGGAUCACAAGGUGUUAUCUCUUCAGUCAGAAUGUAGAAUUUUGACGUGGUCAUCUGAAACAUGACAUAGAAACUAGUGUUGUCCCAACCAUUACCAUCCAGCAUGGAUAACCAGAUCAGGAAUGUCUACUGCAUUGGGCUAAAUUCUGUGUUCAGAUGGUUACUCAUUAGUGAUGCAGCAGCCAUGGUGACACAUCUUGCACUCAGUUAAAACUGGUGCUUUUAGGGCAUUGACACAUGUAUAUUUGUAUGCAUGGAUAUUUAGUUUAAAUGAAAAUUUAAUAUCCAUUUGUAUGUGGAAUUGGGUCUUGUUAGUGGUUGAAUUGUCCACUCACAAAUCCCAAGACCCAAUACAAUUAUCAGAAAUGGUAUUUACAGACUAAAACACAUUCAGAGUGGAAACAGUUGAGGUGUAACUAUUUACAGAUAUUUGCAGAAAUGCUUCAUACUUCACAGCACACCUUUAUGAAGACUGCUCUUUUAAGAAAAUGGUCCUGGGCAUUUUUCUCUUAACCAGGGUCUCCCAGCUUUUGAGGCCCCUACCCACAAUUAAAAUUUAAAAAUGAUGAGUCAACAUACAAAUACAAAUUAACCAACCUCAUUCAACAAUCAAAACCUGCUUCCUUGCUUUCUUCAGUUUCAGAGCAAGAAAUCCACCUGAGGCCCAUGUCAAGCAGCUGCUUCUUACCCCACUCCCACAUUUCAAUUUCGAUAUUUGUACCCCGCCCAUGUGACUGGGUUGCCCCUGCUACUGUGGGCGCCUUCCAACAUAUAUUAAAACAUAAUAAAACAUUAGACGUUAAAAGGCUUCCUUAUACAGGCCUGCAUUCAGAUGUCUUCUAAAGGUUAUAUAGUUACUCAUCUCCUUGACAUCUGAAGGGAGGGCAUUCCACAGGAUGGGUGCCACUACUGAGAAGGCAAAAACCUGCUACCAUGCACACACAUUCAAGAAGUCCCUCAAGUAGCUGCCUGCCAGCUGCUCCAUGUGACUGGCAGACAGCAAAGCAAACAACAGUUUCUGCACUUCCUCUCCCACCCCAACACACAUUCUCAAAAGCUUCUGAAGUAGACGUUUGAUGUAGCUGACAGGCAAUAAAACAAAUUAAUUUUCCUGUUUGUGAAAAUCUGUAAAUGGUCUGCAUAAUCCUCAAGUAUUUCGUUUUAAAAUGAUAUUUGCAACUUUAGUAUUUUAAAAGGAAGUUCUUACCACAGCAAAAAACAAUUAUGAUUUGAGAUUUGAGUCAUGUAAAGUCAACAUUUAUUCUUUUAAACCCAUGUGGUUUCUUAAUAUAAUAUUAAUUUUUGAAGUGCCUGUCGUGUAUGUAUGGUGUGUGUGUGAAAAUGAGUUAAGUAAACAUACCCACCAGCUCUGAUACAAAAUCCACCUUGAGCUGCAGUACUUCAGUUUAUAAGCCAUUUCAGAUGUUGCUGCCAGUCCGAAUGUGUAGCCUUUCUAUAAUUAGUCUUACAAGGUUUUAUUCUGAGACGUUUGCUUAUUAGAACCAUUUCCCCCUUUUUUCUAGGUGUUUUCCUGAGACUACUUAUAGCUGGUAUGUAAUUUCUUGAAAAUGAAUGGGGGAAACAUGGCCAUGCAUUAUAGUUUUUUACAUACCGAUAUUUUAUACAAUUUAAUAUGCAAAAAAUAUGAAAUGGUAUAAAACACUGCUUUGUGAAAAAUGACAAUAAUAUUAUGGGGUCAUAGAAAGCUGGGCACUAUGUAGCCAAAGAUAAGCAUUUUGAAGUUUCAUUGUAGAGAUUUAAGAAAUUGGGCCUUAAAAGUGCUUACAGUCAGUUGAUGAUUCUAGAUUCCCCCCCACACACACUUUUUUUCCUAAAUAGGAGUUUCUUUUUGUUGCACUGACUCUGGAUUAUUCAAGGACUGUUUGUGUGUGUUUACAUAUAAACACACACACACUUUAUUCCAAACAUUUACAAAGCACCAAAGUGUGCACAAUUUUUCAUAUUUCCAAAGCUUGGCAUCAAUGCUCAAAUCUUUGCUCAUCAUUUGUCUAAUCUCCUCUGUGGGUUGAGAUACAUCUUUAAACUCAGUGGAGUUUACUUUCAAGUACAGUUAGUAUUUCCCCCUAUGGAAGCAAUCCAAAUAAAUUUGCUGGCAAGUUUUACCUUAACAUUCCAAGAGGUAGAAUCAAUUUCAUAAUAAUCCUGUCUGUGAAACUGUAAUUUUAGAAUUUUGGCAUCAUAGUUAUUUCAGAUAGGUUCCCAUAACAAAACAACAAAGACAACAAAUCACCCGUCUUUACACCCUGAUAAUAAGUGGUUUGGUCUUAGAAUGACUUGUGACCACCAAAUGACAGUUUAAUGUAUUUUAUUGUUAAGUACAUUCAAGUGUGAAAUGUUUAUUAGUAAUAUUUGCAGAGCAUUUUCUAUGCUGUUUUUAAUUAUGCAUCAGUUUUAUUGACCUUUUGUGGGCUUUUUUACUAGAAUGGUGGUGUGUGUUUCUUCUUCUUUUUUAGCAAGCAUAUUACCUGUAUUGAUCCUGACACUUAAAUGGGCUUAUAAGAAAUGUUCACAAUCAAGGUAAAAGUUUUCUUAUCACCAAACUCCUAUUUUCCUUUCUGUUUUGCAUUUCUAAGGUCUACAACAUUUUAUCUAAAUAAAUAUACUCUCCUUGUAGAUAAUAAAUUGAUAUUCUCACAACCUUGCUAUGGGGGCUGUUUUGAAAUUUUAAAGGAAAUGCAAUAUACUUUUUAUAUUAAACCAGAGCUACCAAAUAUUGUUAACAAAAAAUGUAUUAAUUUCCCCUUUUUUGCUGAAUAUCCAGACAAGGUCAAGUUACAGUAUCUGAAUGCUUCAUCUACCUAGGCAUUGGUGUUCACUCUGUUCUGAAUGGGGUUGCCCAGCCCACACGAGGCAGGGUGAAGCCAAUUGGUGCCAAUGCUGGUGCUGUUUUCCACCGGCAGGAGGUCAGGCAGCACUUCUUAUUGUACCUCAAGUGGCGAAAUGGGACACAUGGCUCCUGGUUUCAGGCCGGGGUUGCCCCUUGUUUCAGCAUUGUUUCAACUGGUUGUUCCUUUGGAGUGUGGAAACUUUGGUUCUCCAAAUGUUUAUAGACUUCAAGUGCUAUCAGGCCCAGCCAGAAUAGCUAGCAGUUUCUCACCCCACAGUGCUUCAGAAACUGCAAUGCCUCCAAGCCCAUUUCUACACACAAUUCCAAAUUGUUUUAAGCUUGUUCACAUCUUGGGACCAGGUACAAAGGAUGAUCCUGUAUGUACAUGGUCCCGUCCAUACACAAAUUUCUGAAGUGGAGGCCUUUUUCUGAGUUUCAUCACUAUCUGAGGUCUCAUGGAUACUGGAGAAAGGAUUUUCUCCAGAAUGAAGGCUUAGCUGACGUGUUCAUUGAUAUAAUUUUGAUGCCAGGUGAUUUAAAAAAAAAUAAUCCCAAGACUUAAUCAAAUUUACUCUGUCACUUCUGUUCUCCGACAGGCUACCAAAGGGAGAACAAUGUGGCAUAUGAAUGAAGUCACAGAAGUCACUAAUGUUGUCACUUGGGCAGUAGCAGGAAAUAAAGGAGAGGCAGAAACAGAGCAAGAAUACCAGAUAGAAAGCAGACGUCUGGAGGAAAACCAAACCGGUCUUCUCCAAUGAGUAGUUUUCAGUACCAGAGCCAAGGGGACAGUGUAUGAGCCAGAUUUGACAUAAUCUUCACAACAUGAAGAGCCAAUCAGUGGCGGCAACUGGGUAGACUCAUCUUAUUAUUCUCUUUCUUUUCCUUCCCCUUCUUUCCUUCCCCUUCUUUGGCCCUUUACUUACAUGUUACAGGACAGUCAGAACUCUGUUGAGGAACUCAGCAAAAACCACUGUACCAACUGUAUAGGUAGGAUCUCAUAGUGCUGCAUCCCACUACCUUUGUGUGAACUGCCCCUUUCUCCUGCUGAUUGAGCAUAAGAUUCCUGACAGGUAUAUGCUACAACAUGUAGUUUUAUGAAGAAAGCAACAAAGGCACAUACUAUGCAAUAGUCCCUUCUGAAAUUGCAAGAUUUUGAAUCUAGGGCAAUAAUCACCUUAAAAAUAAAAUAACAGUAUCAGUGAAA